AUGGCCGUCAUUUCCUUCAAACAUGGUCUGCGCCCGGAAAGUAAGCUAAGACAGUCACUUACCAACCGCCCGGCCAUAGCUUUGAAAGAUUUGCGUGCCAGGAUUGAGCAGUACGCACGCCUCGAAGACGAUCAGAUCCCCAUCGCGGUAGUGUCAGCAGAACAAACAGCUCGGCACAAGAAGAGAUCAGACCGAGGAGAACACCAAGGGAUUGCAGUGAAUGAAGUGGAUAAGUCCAAAUCCCACGAAGCCGUUGUAACUGCAUUCAAAGAGCCGAUCUAUCGAAUCCUGGAAAAGAUCAAGAGAGAGCCCUUCUUCAUUUGGCCGCCGAAAAUGAUGGGAGAUCCAGCUCGGCGCAAUCAGAAGCUCAGAUGCACCUACCACCAAGAUAGGGGGCACAUGACUCAGAAUUACAGGGCACUAAAGCAACACUUGGAAGACCUGGUGGCAGCUGGACACCUAAGGGAUUACGUUGAUCAGGACAAGGAAGUGACUGAACUGGGAAACCCACCACCAGAACCAAACAUUGAGCAUCCACCUCGGCUGAUAAUAAAUGUGAUCCACGGGACAACGACUCAGGAGUCCGAGGAGGCACUGAAGGAAGAGAUCGCUAAGGCUGCCCAAAUUCAGUGGGUCAUGUCAGUGGAGCCUGCAUCGAAAAAGGUACGUAUAGUACCUAAAUCCCCCUUGUGCACUGUUUCAUUUACUAGCAAAGAUUUAGAAGGCAUACAGCACCCACAUACUGAUGCAUUAAUUAUAACUGUGGGAAUUGGGAAACGGUUUGAUGUAAAACAAGUCUUGGUAGAACAAGGUAGUGCAACAGAUAUAUUGUAUUAUGAUUUGUUCAGAAAGCUUGGUCUCUCCGAGCAGCACCUCACCCCAGCGGCAGCCCCGUUGGUCAGUUUCAAUUCACAGCUAGAAUGGCCGCUUGGUAGAAUAGUGUUGCCAGUCGUAGCGGGAACAAAAACCCCCCAGAUAGAGUUCUUAGUUAUUAAUACACCAUCCCCUUACAACGCCAUACUUGGCCGUCCGUGGAUUCAUCAAAUGGAGGCAGUCCCUUCAACCUACCACCAGCUCAUUCGUUUCCCAACGGAACACGGAGUAGAGCAGAUCUCAGGGGAUCAAGUUGCGUCCAAACAUUGCUUCAUGGCAGCAUUAAAGGCAAAGCAGCUCUACAAUCGGAUACAGACGGUAGAAGUGGCUGAACAGCCAGUCUUGGAAGAUGUAGGGGGAACCCCAGGGGAAAUGAUGGUAGAGGAUUUGGAGAAAGUCUUGGUAAAAGGGGAUGACCCAGAAAAGUACUUCCUUAUCGGGUUGGACCCAGACUUUGCUUGCCACAAGCUCAACAUCAACCCUUCAGCUCGGCCCAUUGUGCAGAAAAGUCAGAGAUCUUCAGUCGAGCACACCGAAGCAGUAAUUGCCGAAGUCGAAAAACUCCUAGCUUCAUGA